AAUUUCCCCACAUCAACCAAAGCUAAUAAAAUAAUAAUACCAGCACUCUCCUUCCGAUCAUGAAGAGUCCAUCAUCAGCACUAAUAGCCCUCUCCUUCUUUCUCCUUGCUUUCACUACAAAACCACUUGUCUCGUUGCCUAUUGCUUUGCGAGAUGGCAAUGGCGACAAGGUCCUCGUCGGCCAGGAUUACUUCAUCAGAUCUCUUACUUGGGGUGCAGGCGAGGGAGGAGUCUUAGCACUUCCUGGUCUAAACAGCACAUGUCCCGUUGACGUCGCCUGGGGAACUGGACUCUUCUUCAGAGGAAUUCCAGUAACAUUUUCACCUGUAACCGGCAUAAAUGGCGUCGUCAAUACCGACACCAAUCUCAACAUCAAGUUCACCGAAGGACCUCUCUUCGGCUGCAACCAGAGGACCGUCUGGAGGGUCGGUGACUACCAACCAUGGGCAGGGAAGUGGUUCAUAACCACCGACGGCAUCGAAGGAGAGUUCGGACCGGAAACCUACCCUAACUGGUUCUACAUCAAGAAGGUUGGUGGCACCUGUGAUUAUCCUUUCUACAAGUUGGUUCACUGCCCUAGCAGAAAAAGUGCAGCUCUGUGCAGUGAUGUUGGGAUCAGUUAUGAGUAUGGUGGACGCCUUGUUCUGAGCAACACCUCUUUCACUUUCAUAAUCCUCAAGAACAGAGAAGUCGGUGGUCACUCACAGGAGUAAUAUGCCCCACCGAUCGAGAUGGAAGGUUCUCUAGCGUGAAUAAUAUAUGCAGGAAAAAUUUUCAAGACAACAGAAUUAGUAUCGUUAUAAAUUCAUUCAUGAAAGUCAAAUUUCAAUAAGUGAAUUCAUAUCGAUACAAAAAAGUUGUCCUGAAACAUUUUCUUGCAGACUAUAUGCUCGCUACAGAAUUUUUCACUUGUAAGAUUACUUAAUUAGUUGCCAAAAAAAUCACGAUAGAACUACAUCUAUCUAUCUAUCUAUCUAUCUAUCUAUCGUGAAGUUGUAAUAAUUUACUUAAAUAAGUGCAACUGAAGCAGUAUUGGUGUCCGUCCACCCACGGACACAGUAAUUAAAAAUAAAUAAAUAAAGUUAUGUUUUGGUUAUUAUUAA